ACAACUUUCUUCGUCUUCUUAUUCUUUUUCCCAUUUCUCUCUAUUUUUUCUCAUAUUUGAAGUUCUUUUUUUUAUUUAAUUAAUCUAUUAUUUCUGUAAAAUUACUUACUAUCAAAAAAAAAAAAAAAAACUUGAGGAAGAACAAGGAGAAGAGGGAUCGGAAGAAAAGAGAGAGAGAGUGAAAGAUUGAAAGGGUUAGCGUUUGAUCUGAGAAAUGGACUCUGAUUUCUGGACCUCUCGUCUCGCCGCCGCUAAACGCCAAUAUACGUUGCACCACCAUAAUCAGACCUCUCACCUAGAUCGGUUGGGCAUAGAUGAUUUGGAGGUUGAAGACGAUAUCCGACCCGAGUUCCCUUGCCCCUAUUGCUACGAAGACUUUGACAUCGCUUCCCUCUGUUCGCAUCUUGAGGAUGACCACGCUUGCGAAUCCAAAGCCACCGUUUGUCCAGUAUGCUCUGUUAGAGUUUCAAGGGACAUGCUAAGUCAUAUCACCUUGCAACAUGCACACUUGUUCAAGAUCCAACGUCGUCGAAGGCUACGCAGAGUUGCCAUUCCUAACAGUCAAGCUCUGUCUCUUCUUGGUCGGGAUCUUCGUGAAGCUCAUUUGCAGGUGCUUUUAGGUGGUGGUGGUGGUGGUGGAUAUCGAUCAAACAAUUCUAGUGUUUCUAAUGCAGCCACUGAUCCACUCUUGUCAUCUCUUAUAUUGAAUUUCCCUACAUCUGAAGCAGAAGAAAUUUCUAAGUCUGUUGUUGCGAAUUCUGAUGACACUCCUGUGAAGAAAGUGGCACCAGCUCAUACAUGGAAAUCAAGUUUUGAUCCAUCCUUGAGUCACGAGGAACGCGAAAAAAGGAUGAAACAAGCUACUGGGAGAGCUGGUUUUAUGCAAGAUCUGUUCCUCACAACACUGUUAGGAGACUAAUGUAAGCAGCAAAUGCUCUUCAAUAAUGGGAAGAAAGUUAUUCAAAGUCCUUAUUAUAAGGGAUGGUUCAGGGUGGGGAUUCAAAUGGUUGUAUGUACCUUGUAAGAUAACCCAAGGCAUGGCUGGGUAUGAGUAAUUGCAGAGCAUUCAGGCACUAAAUCAGGCCCCAUUGAGAUAAUCCCAUCCUCUUUUUACCUGAAGAAACCAUGGUCUUUUAAAUUUUAGGAAAGACUUAAUGCUGUGAUGUUGUUAAGUUACUACCCAAAUAGUGGAAAAAGAAAAAAACUUAAUAUGUUACUUUUGUAAUUGUACUACUAGUUGGCAAGUGUGAAAUUUGAGCUCUUUUUUUCUUCUUUA